UUUACUUCUCACGAUUUCGAAGAACCGGCAACAGUUGUUAGUGUUUUUAAUUGAAUAAUUUUUUUGUUAGUGGAUGUUGAGAGCUAAUUCACCAAAAUUUUAUGUGAGGAUGCAGUGAAACAUAAUUACAGAAUUAUUCUGCUAACAUCCAUUAGAGCUUCAUAGAUUUGAUGCAAAUAAUACUUAAUUUAUACCAAAAAUGUCUGUUAUUGCAAGUUCAGAUGUUGCAGCUUUAGCUUCUGAUUUGGCUAGAGCUGUUGAGCUAGCUAUGAGUGCUGAAGCCUCCCAUUCAGACAGACAUCAAGCAUACAAUGCUUGUGAAAGCUUUAAAGAAAACUCACCAUUAUGUGCAGCAGCAGGAUUGUACUUGGCAGCAGGCGCUGAACAUUCUCUUACUUCAAGACAUUUUGGCCUGCAGUUGAUGGAGCAUAUGGUUAAAUAUAGGUGGACUCAGAUUUCACAACAAGAAAAAAUUUUCAUCAAGGAAAAUGCUAUGAAGUUAUUGUCUGCUGGUGGGGUAAGUGAUGAACUUCAUAUGAAGGAUGCCUUAAGCAGAGUCAUAGUAGAAAUGGUUAAAAGAGAAUGGCCCCAACAGUGGCCAAGUCUUCUGUCUGAAUUGAGUGAUGCUUGUGCCUGUGGUGAAGUACAAACUGAAUUGGUGCUACUGGUAUUUCUUCGACUUGUUGAAGAUGUAGCUUUGUUGCAGACUUUGGAAUCCAAUCAACGGCGAAAGGAUAUCUACCAUGCUCUCACAUCCAACAUGGCAAUUAUUUUCGACUUUUUCCUGAGACUCAUUGAAUUGCAUGUUGGUCAGUUCAGAAGAUGUCAUGAAACUAACAAUGUUAUUAAAGCUGUUUCUCAUGAACGAGUGGUGAAGAUGGUACUCUUAACUUUAACAGGGUUUGUUGAAUGGGUAUCAAUGGUUCACAUAAUGAAUCAAAAUGGAAGGUUGCUCCAGAUACUCUGCCUUCUUCUGAAUGAUGAAUCAUUUCAAUACCCUUCUGCUGAAUGCCUUUCUCAGAUUGUCAAUAGGAAGGGAAAGAUUGAAGAAAGGAAACCCCUAUUAAUCUUAUUCAAUGAAGAACCAAUCCAAUGUUUAGUAUCUGCUGCUAAAAAUCCUGGAAAUGCUGGAAAUGAACAACUUUACCUCUUCAAGAAGAAAUUAGUUCAGGUUUUAGGAGGACUUACAACACAAAUUUGCAGUCUUUGGGGAAAAGAGGGAUGGACCAGACCACCUAACUUCAACAUGUUCCUGGAGGCCAUUCUUGCUUUCAGCAGCCAUCAAAGUUUGACACUUGCCCACCUAGCGAAUCCUUUGUGGAACUGUAUGCUGAAACACGACCAGAUUUCAAGAGAUCCAGUAUUUCUAUCUUACAUACCACAGUGGGUGCAAUGUACCGCACCCAAAAUAAUAAAAUUUAUUUAUCCUUCAGCCAAAAUAACCCAUUCUGAUCUGAGUCCGAGUGCUACAUAUGCUAAAUACGAUUUUGAUAGCGAAGAAGAGUUUUCUUCUCAUUUUUAUCGAUGUCGAGCUGAUUUUCUAGAUAGUUUUAGGCAUGCUACUGUUGUUGCUCCAUUAGUUACAUUCAACUAUGUGGAGCAGUGGCUUAUCAAAUGUUUACAAGUUCCUAAUUUAACAAACAAUCUCAGUCAAACUGAUCCAGUCUUUCAAGAAUGGGAGGCCUUGUCUACAUUUCUAGAGAGUAUUCUUAGUCGAGUUCUACAAGCCAAAGAAAGACCUUCGAUUGCCACGGGUCUACAAUUAUUACAACUGUGUCUUUCAUAUCAACCUGCUGAUCCCUUGAUUUUGUCUACUUUGCUGACAUGCAUUUCGGCACUUUUUGUUUUUCUGAGUAUGUCCACUGGACAAAUGGCACCAACAGUUAAUUCAGUUGCUGCAUCAGGGGCUGCUCUUUUACCUCAGGUGUUGGACAAAAUUUUUUCAACACUUGUAUACUCCCCAGAAGGUCAUGAUAAAAGCACCAGGUCUCGUGCCGUGAAGAAUGUCAGGCGUCAUGCAGCUUCUCUUAUGGUUAAAAUUGGAAAUAAGUAUCCACUCCUUCUAUUGCCUGUCUUCGAUCAAAUAAAGGCAACCGUAGAGAAUCUGUCAAGAGCAGACGGCCCCGCGCAACUGAGUACCAUGGAAAAAGUAACACUACAAGAAUCCCUUCUACUUAUAUCCAAUCAUUUCGGAGAUUACGACCGUCAAAGUAACUUUGUCGCUGAAACCUUGACAGAGGCGAAUAUGUACUGGACAAAUGUCGCAAACUCUGGAGCGUUCGAAAGUGCUGCCAGUUUUAUAUCAUUCAUCGGUUUAGACAAACAGCCGGUUCAAAAUAUGAUCGACUCGUAUGGUCUCAACAGAUGCAAUAUCAUGUUCUGUAUCAACAUGUUUUUGGGUGCUGUGAAGCGUUGUUCUUGGCCCGACGAUCCGGAGCGAGCAACUAGAGGUGGUUUUGUGGUGGGACUCACGGAAUCUGGCAACCCUAUCUGUCGUAAUCCGGCAACACCGCACAUCAUUCCUUUGUUACCCAACAUGCUCUCACUGAUACGUAUCUUCAAUGAAAUGUUCUUGCCGGAAGUGCAGGCUAUGAUUCACUCUGAUUACAGACCAUGCCUUUCUAUGCUAGAAACUGAGAAAUCAAAUUUAUUAGGUUUAAUAGGACAAAUAAUUUCGGAUAACAGUGAUAAUGCAACUACUGUGCCUGGGGAAAGGAUGCAGAGGUUUUUAGUAGGCCUUCAAGAAAAUUGUUACCAUAUGAUGGGAUCCAUGGGUCCUUCUUUAGGACGAGAUCUCUUCAGCCUACCUGAUGUUGGACUAGCAAUAAUGAAUAGCAUUUUAUCAUGUUUACAAUUUAUCCCUGACUAUAGGCUGAGGCCGAUUAUAAGAGUUUUCCUGAAACCGUUCAUACAUUCCUGCCCUGCUCCAUUCUAUGAAGUUGUAGUUUCCCCGAUAAUGGAACACCUCACACCCAUAAUGUUCUCCAAGUUACAAACCAAGUGGCAGCAAGUAAGCGAACUACGAAAUCCAGAUUCUCAGGAGGAUCAGGAUACGCAAGAAGUACUGGACGAUAUUCUAACUAGGGCUCUUACUCGUGAAUACCUAGACAUUUUCAAGAUAGCCUUAGUUGGCGGGAACUUUACGCCAGAAUCGAAUCAUGAUACGAUGGAAAUCGAGGACCUCAGUACUGAUUCUCCUAUUCCUCCACCAACUAGAAUAAAUAUCACAAAUGAAGUGAUUUCAGAUUUAGGCUUAAUCCUGUUGAGAAAAGAAAAGACUUGCCAGUCCAUUUUGCUGACGGUUUUAGGAGCUUUAUCCUGGAUUGACAGCAAUGCGUCACUCAAAGCCACCUACUUGAUUGGGCCAAUUAUAAGACAGCUGGUAGUUGACAAUUCUCUGAAUGGACAGAUGGCUGCCCAUGUCAUGGCUGCUGUGUUGAACGCAUUGACCUUACAUGGACAACAUGAAGCAAACCAAGGUUCUUUAUUGACUUUAGGCGCUCAAAUGUAUGAAAUGUUGAGACCUCUAUUUGUGGAAGUCUUGGGUAUCAUGCAACAAAUACCUGGUGUUAGUCCAGUAGACUUGCAGAAACUAGAUGAAAGAAUUUCAGGGAGCACUAGUAAGGGCAAUAAAGUUGAAAAAGUCAAGAAAGAUUUGUUCAAGAAAAUUACUGGUUCACUGAUUGGUAGAAGUAUGGGGCAGCUAUUCAAAAAAGAAGUUAGAAUACAAGAUUUGCCGCAAAUACCUGUAAAAAAGAAGAAGGAACAAGAAUUCAUCGGAGAUUUGAGUUUACUGAGUUGAACUGUAAAUUUAUUUAUUCAAUAUAUUCAAUAUUCGACUCAUGUUGAUGAAAAUGACUGUAUAGCAUAAAUUAUGAAAAUGCAUUUUUUUUGUAUAUAUACUUUGUUGAAAUUGAUAUUAUUCAAUUUUUCUUAAUAUAAUUGGAUAAGUUUUCCGAA